UUGUCCGUCGAGCUAUUGGCUAUCUAUGCUUUCGUCUGCAAAUCCCACCUCCUCAAGAAAGAACAGGCAGAGGAAGCUAUAUAUAUACUCGUAUUCAAGUUGCAAACAACCUUUCCGUCUUCGUCUCUCUAAGAGUUUCAAUCUGGUCUGCUUUUUCAAAUGGAGGCCAUGGCCGAAAACCCUAGCAACAGACUCCCAGGUGUUCCGUUCAAGCACACACCCCAGAUCAUCCCUUCAUCAUCGCAAAUUCCAGGAUCACACUCACAAUCACAACAACAUCUAUACCCAUCAUUUCUUGAAAUCCCAGAUGUGUCCCCAAGUGCAAGAGUCAUCUGUGAAAUUCUCGGCAAAGUCUCACCGCAUGAAUUGGAAACAGUGCUUUCGUCCUCUGGAAUCAAACCCCUACCGGAAAUUGUUGAAGAGGUUCUCAAGCUCUCGUAUGGUUCUCCGGCAGCGGCAGUGAAAUUUUUCCGGUGGGCGGGGUUGAACCAGAAGCAUUCGGCACACGCUUGGAACCUGAUGGUGGAUUUGCUCGGCAAGAAUGGCAUGUUUGAGCCGAUGUGGGACGCGAUUCGGUCCAUGAAACAAGAAGGGCUGCUGUCCAUGGCCGCAUUCGUGUCUGCUUUCGGAAACUAUUGUGUCGCUGGCAGGUUUAAUGAAGCUGUAAUGACCUUUGAUGUGAUGGACAGGUACGGAUUUCAGCCUGACACCGUGGCUGUGAACUCUUUGUUGAGUGCAAUUUGUCGCCAGGAAAAUCAAACUUUGAAGGCACUAGAGUUUUUCGAUCGGAUCAAGGGUAAAAUUCCGCCUGACGGAGAUUCUUAUGCCAUUCUGUUGGAAGGGUGGGAGAAGGAAGGGAAUGUGGCGAAGGCAAAGACCACGUUCGGGGAGAUGGUGAUUCGAGUUGGGUGGAGCCCUCAAAACAUGUCAGCUUAUGAUGCAUUCUUGACAACUCUUGUUCGUGGGGCGCAGGCAGACGAGGCAAUUAAGUUUCUUCAAGUCAUGAAGGGGAAGAAUUGCUUACCAGGUUUGAAAUAUUUCUCUAAUGCUCUUGACAUUCUAAUCAAGCAGAAUAAUUCAUCUCAAGCCCUGUCCUUGUGGGAUAUAAUGGUGGGUAGCGGAUUGGCACCAAAUCUGGUAAUGUACAAUGCCAUGAUUGGUCUGCUUUGCAACAACAAUGACAUUGAUAAUGCCUUCCAUUUCCUUGAUGAUAUGGUAUUAUAUGGUGCUUUCCCUGAUUCUUUAACGUAUAACAUGAUUUUCCAAUGUUUGAUUAAGAACAAGAAAGUUCGUGAAGUGGGCAAGUUCUUCUACGAGAUGAUCAAGAAUGAAUGGCCUCCAUCACAUUCCAAUUGUGCUGCAGCGAUCACCAUGUUGUUCGAUGGUGAUGACCCAGAGAUGGCGCUUGAGAUCUGGGACUAUAUGAUUAAGAAUCGUGUUCUGCCUCUUGAUGAGAGUGCGAAUGCGUUGCUUAUUGGGCUUUGUAGCAUGGGCAGAAUGUCAGAGUUGAGGAGGUCUGCACUGAGCAUGUUUGAUAGAAGGAUAAAAAUCUUUGAGUCAACAAUGGGGAAGUUGAAAAAUGCUUUCUGUAAGGAAGGUAGAAGUGGACGUGAUACAUAUGAUGAUCUUUCAAGGAAGUGGAAGUCUUCCUAGACGCUAUGGUUUAAACGUCCCGUUUUUAUGAGAUUUAGGAGGUUUUAGUUCGUCACAGUAAUGCUUGAGACAAUAUAAGCUGGUUUUUACCACUUUGUGGUUUCCUUGAUUGUUUAAUUAAUCUGUGAUGGAUAGACUGUUUUUCAUUCCCAUAAUCUGGAAUGAGAUGUUCUGUCAUUUUA